AUGAAGUUCCUCGGUCUCGCAUUUUCUAUGAUGCUUGCCCUCGCGGCAGCUGCUCCUCCCAGCAGUCCCAAUGAAGCAAACUCGGUAAUCGAGGAGAGAGCUUGCUUGAAAGCUAGAAAAUACGGCUGCCCUUGCGGCACUAAUGUGCCUGGCACCAAAUGCUGCAAUACCAGCGGCAUUUCGGGUGGGUGCGAUUGCACCCAGGGAAAUAACCAGGGCUGGUGCUGGAAGUGA